AUAUUUAAGGAAAAGAGGAGUGAAAAUAGAAAGAAAAUAGGGAGUUUCUGGUUGGGUGGGUCAGUCAGUGGAGAGAGAGUAAAGAGUAAAGAUCUGUGCCCAAAACAAAAAUCGAUUCAUGGCGGACUUGGCAAUGGCGCCACCACCGCCCCUUAAGGCUGCUCCUCCUGCCUCUCCCCUUCCCCUUCCCCUUCCUCCUCCAGCUCCGGUUCCGGCUCCGGCUCCGUCGUCUUCCUUGUUCUCUUUCCCUAAAAGGCCGACCAUUCGUGUGACUUCGGAGUUGGAUAGCGACAGCUCCGUUUUCUCCCACAAAGUAUCGUGCAAGUUGUUAGAAGGCCUUGCGAAGGUGAAGUUGUCGUUCCAAAACGACCGUAAGGGUCAGCUGUUCCAACCGCAGCUCGCUUUUGUCUCCAAGCACCUCUCCAUUCACUACGACCUUGACGACCGCAACGCCCUCCUGAGAGGCUCUUUUGAUCUCGCUCCCGGCUUGCAGCUCCGCGCUUCCCACGAUGUCAAGGCUCAGGAAGGGGAGAUUUCGAUGGUUACUAGGCUUGCUGAGCCUAACUAUGCCUUGGAGCUUUCAUCACCUGUUCCAACCAUCGGUUUGCCAAGGGCAACCUUUAAAUUCCCUCGUGGCCAAGUCUCUUUGGAGGAGAAAGUGGAGAGGGAAGAGGAGGAGGAAGCUCACAGGGUUUUGUCCAUUAAUGGCAUUGUUAAAGGCAAUCUUUUGAAUGGCAUCUGUACUGCUCAGUAUGCUGAUGAAGAAUUGAGACUCAGAUACUCCUUUAAGGAUGAACAAAUGUCCUUUAUCCCAGCUAUUUCUUUGCCUUCAAAUGCAUUAUCAUUUGCCUUUAAACGUCGGUUUGGUCCUUCAGACAAAUUGAGCUACUGGUACAAUUUCGAUGCAAACAAUUGGAGUGCUGUGUACAAGCAUACAUAUGGUAAAGAUUUGAAAUUUAAAGCUGGUUAUGAUUCGGAAGUACGUCUUGGCUGGGCAUCUCUUUGGGUUGGAGAGGAAGGUGGUAAAGCAAAGGCAGCUCCGUUGAAGAUGAAAAUUCAAUUUAUGCUGCAAGUGCCACAAGAUGACAUAAAAUCCUCAGCCUUGAUGUUCCGGGUGAAGAAGAGAUGGGACAUUUGAUAUGAUAUUAGAAAAAAAAGAAGAAGUAAUUCUUUUGUCUAUUGCAGCCACCCCAAACCAAUUAAUUUAUUAGUGUUGUUAUGAUUUGUAUUUUCAACUUUUUGUAUGGUUUGAUGAAAUGAUACCAAAUGCUUUCUCAAAUAGAAAGAUAUUCUGUUUC